AUGAUAUUCUAUAAUGCUCUCAUCAUUGUCAUUAUUUCUUCUAUAAUCAACGCUCUGCCGCCAAAAGGAUGCACUUCUUGCUUAAUGGUUCCAAUUGAAGUCGUUGAAGGCUCUGGAAUAUCUCAAACGAAUAAAACAAGAAACAGUGAAGGCUGCUUUGUCCAAACUGUACAUUGUUCGACAAACAAAAAAGGUUCCGAAACAUAUAUUCAAUUCAAUCGAGGUCGUAAGGGUCUUUUUGCCGCUGUUGAACAAACCAUCCAACUGUUUUGCAACGAAAAAGGGCAAUGGGAGUUUCGCCACUCGAAAAUGACAUUGAAUGUAGAAGUGCUCAGCUGCAUUUCGACACCAUAA